CUGAUACUGAUAGUCUGAUCUCAAGUCUCUACCAACCAACCAUAUUACCACUCACCUUAUCUCAACCCUAUCCCAACACACAAAAACUACUCUUUCUAAUUCUUCCCACAACUCCACAGCUAUCUCUUCUUUGCCAGGCCUCAGUACAGAAAUACAGGUUGUUCAAUACGCUAAACAUGGCAACAGCAACAGCUGCAGCUGCUCUCACCCCUGCAAGGCUCAACAGUGCAUUGAUGAGCUCAAGCAGCAAGACCCAGAGGAGGGUUAACAAGGUUAGGCAAAUAGUAGGGUUGAGCUCUUAUGGAGGCCUUAAAGCCCACAACAGUGUUCUGUCUUUAGGGCUUCCAGUGACUACUGAACAGUGCUUUGCCAAUGUGGUGAACUCAUUGAGGGCAAAGUCUGGGGGAAAAAGAAGAGGUGGUGGUGGUGGUGGUGGUGCAGUCUCUGCCAGAUGUAGCAAGGUGGAUGAGAUAUUCCAGAUUGCUGCUAUAAUAAGUGGGUUGACUCUUGUUGGGGUUGCUGUUGGAUUUGUUCUUCUGAGGAUUGAAGCCUCAGUAGAGGAAUCUGAAUGAGUUGUUUUUUUCUACUUUGUUAAAAUUCAAACAAGACAUGAUGUUGUUUGAUAUUCUCAUGUAAUCUUGAAUUGAACUGUUUUGGCUGAAUGAUUUAUCAAGCCUGUUGUGAUUCUUUUAAGAUUUUAAUAGAAUGGCAAUAAAUUUGAUCA